AGUAUACACCAGGAUCUAGAAGCUGGAUUUUAAACACAUCUCUCUCCCUAGAAUUUCAGGGAGUUCUGUUAUGAUCCGUUGUAACUAACAAUUUGCUUCAAGUUUGUUCUUUAAGUGAACAUGCUAAGAAUUCAUAUAUGUUCUGGAUGUGCGGGGAUUAAAAGGAUUUAAGAGAUCAUGGUGUGCAUAUUCUAGGAUAAAUAGGAUUUCCAGUCCCUGGAUGAAGUCCUUAGGAAGUCUUUAAAUGCCAUUCUCAACCGCCAUUUCAAAGAAAAGAAAAUAGAUGGUUUUGGAAAGUUCAUGCUGUUUCUUCAUUGAAUUUUAGACUGCAAGUGGAACUCUGCCCCCUCACCAAUGUCCACCAAAGAAUCCACUCUCAUAGGUGUGUCCAGUCACUUCACUGAAGAAUGAUUGAAGAUAGUGGGAAAAGAGGAAAUACCAUGGCAGAAAGAAGACAGCUGUUUGCAGAGAUGAGGGCCCAAGAUCUGGAUCGAAUCCGGCUCUCCACCUACAGAACAGCAUGCAAGCUUAGGUUUGUUCAGAAGAAAUGCAACUUGCACCUGGUGGACAUUUGGAAUGUCAUAGAAGCAUUGCGGGAGAAUGCCCUGAACAAUCUGGACCCAAACAUAGAACUCAACGUGGCCCGUUUGGAGGCUGUGCUCUCCACCAUUUUUUACCAGCUCAACAAACGGAUGCCAACCACUCACCAAAUCCACGUGGAGCAGUCCAUCAGCCUCCUCCUGAACUUCCUACUUGCAGCCUUCGAUCCGGAAGGCCAUGGUAAAAUUUCAGUAUUUGCUGUCAAAAUGGCUUUAGCCACAUUGUGUGGAGGGAAGAUCAUGGACAAAUUAAGAUAUAUUUUCUCAAUGAUUUCUGACUCCAGUGGAGUGAUGGUUUAUGGACGGUAUGACCAAUUCCUUCGGGAAGUUCUCAAACUACCCACGGCAGUUUUUGAAGGUCCUUCAUUUGGUUACACAGAACAGUCAGCUAGAUCCUGUUUUUCCCAACAGAAAAAAGUCACGUUAAAUGGUUUCUUGGACACGCUCAUGUCAGAUCCUCCCCCGCAGUGCCUGGUCUGGUUGCCUCUCCUGCAUCGACUGGCAAAUGUAGAAAACGUCUUCCAUCCGGUUGAGUGUUCCUACUGCCACAGCGAGAGUAUGAUGGGGUUUCGCUACCGAUGCCAACAGUGUCACAAUUACCAGCUCUGUCAGGACUGCUUCUGGAGGGGACACGCCGGUGGUUCCCAUAGCAACCAGCACCAAAUGAAAGAGUACACGUCAUGGAAAUCACCUGCUAAGAAGCUAACUAAUGCAUUAAGCAAGUCCCUGAGCUGUGCUUCCAGCCGUGAACCUUUGCACCCCAUGUUCCCCGAUCAGCCUGAGAAGCCACUCAACUUGGCUCACAUUGUGCCUCCCAGACCUGUAACCAGCAUGAACGACACCCUGUUCUCCCACUCUGUUCCCUCCUCAGGAAGUCCUUUCAUUACCAGGAGCUCUCCUCCCAAGGACAGUGAAGUAGAGCAGAACAAACUGCUGGCUAGGGCUGCUCCAGCUUUUCUGAAAGGCAAAGGCAUGCUGGAGAGUUCAAACCGGCUUGAUGAAGAACACAGGCUGAUCGCCAGGUAUGCGGCAAGGCUGGCAGCAGAGUCCUCCUCGUCUCAGCCAACUCAGCAGAGAAGUGCUCCUGACAUCUCCUUCACCAUUGAUGCAAAUAAGCAACAGAGGCAGCUGAUCGCAGAACUAGAAAACAAGAACAGAGAAAUCUUACAGGAGAUCCAGAGACUUCGGCUAGAGCAUGAACAAGCUUCUCAACCCACACCAGAGAAGGCACAACAAAACCCCACCCUGCUGGCAGAACUCCGGCUCCUCAGACAGCGCAAGGAUGAGCUGGAACAGAGAAUGUCUGCUCUCCAGGAGAGCCGGAGAGAGCUAAUGGUGCAGUUGGAAGGUCUCAUGAAGCUACUAAAGACGCAGGGGGCAGGCUCUCCCCGCUCCUCCCCCAGCCACACCAUCAGCAGGCCAAUCCCCAUGCCCAUCCGGUCAGCGUCCACCUGCUCCACCCCAAUGCACACGCCGCAGGACUCUCUCACAGGGGUAGGGGGAGAUGUACAAGAGGCGUUUGCGCAAAGUUCAAGAAGAAAUUUAAGGAAUGAUUUGCUAGUGGCUGCAGAUUCCAUCACGAACACCAUGUCUUCUCUUGUGAAAGAGCUGAAUUCUGAAGGGGGGAGUGAAACGGAGAGUAACGUGGAUUCUGAAUUUGCACGGACUCAGUUUGAGGAUCUGGUUCCAUCACCAACCUCUGAAAAGGCUUUUCUAGCACAAAUCCAUGCCCGAAAACCCGGGUACAUCCACAGUGGAGCCACCACGAGCACCCUGCGCAGUGACAUGGUUACAGAAGAUGGGGAUUCCUAUGUGCGGCCUGAGGAUGAAAAUUAUGAAAAUGACUCUGUCCAGCAGCUGGAGAACGAGCUCAAGAUGGAGGAAUACCUGAAGCAGAAGCUGCAGGAUGAAGCCUAUCAGGCAAGCUAUAGUCAGACAGAUGAUGAAAGUAACAUGAGAACUGGUGAUGAUGGCGAGCCCUGGGCCCACACAGAGGAGGAAGACAGCAGCCUGGCAGCAGUGUCACCGAGGAGAGGAACCACCACACGCAGCAGCUCCUGACAGACCCCCACCCCUAAAGAUGUGUUCUGAUGACUAUAGCGCAGCUAACUUUCUGUUCUAAGAUUUGUAGUUCGUAGGUGUGUGUUUUGAGAAGGAAAAGAAAAAAAGACUUCUGUUCAAAGCUAACUUAUCAGCUACAUCUUCUGUGACAUGGCUCAUCCCUGGUUAAAAAAAAAAAAAAAAAAAAAACACAGGCUGAAAACCCUCGCUGCUGUUACACACGAUGGCAGUAUUAACAAGCAUUUUAAACCUUUGCACAUGAUAUCGAACCUGUUCAGUUUACAAUGACAAUAUUAAUACUGUUUAUAGCUAGAAGUUUGAUUUCUGGAUUCUUUGAGAUUUUAGCAAAACAGUAUAUUAUACACUGUACAUUUUUUUUUCCAUCGCAAUUGGAAAAAAACAACCACCUGCAGUUAUUCACUAACCCCAAAGGAUUUGGUUCCUGAGUGCACAAAGUCAGAGCCCGGAAGCCAAGAAGGGUCCUUGGCCUGCACGGUCUGCAGUUGUCUCCAAGUCCCCGUGAGCAGUGACUUGAACCAAACACACCAGGAAUAAUCCAUUCUUUUGGGGCUUCUUUCCAACUUGGGGUUGUUUUCUUUCAAGAUACUCUAAUAAAUCAGCCAUUGAAUUUAGUGUAAAUAUUUUUUUCCAAGUAGAUAUCAUAUUAAAAAAAAAGGCAACAUUCAAAUUAUAUAGAAUCUAGUUUUUAAAAUCAGCACAGAUCUUCUUAAAAACUGUGAACUAUGUUUUGAAAUACUCGUUAACUAAAGCUGUUUAUAAACCACAGGUGCCAUAAGAUCCCCCAACGGACUAAAGUUAUCUAUGCUCUUCCAUGGUCUUGUUCCUCUCGUUUUGGCUUUAGGAAGCAUGUCUUUAACAGCACCGCUCAUUCACAAGUUCCCCCAACAGGUGGUUUGGAGGCCUUCAGCUUUAAAUGUACAGGCUUAAAGUGCGCUUGCAGACGUUCGCUCUCCUUUUAUUUCUGAAUGUUUAUUGCCUUAGCUGGCCACCUGGUGUUCUGCAUGCAGCCUUCUGUGGUCGCGUGAAAGGAGACAGGCUCUUCCAAGUUGAGUUGGGAUUUUGCACUCAGCGAAAAGCUGAAGUGUAAAAGAACUGUCAAAGACAAGAAGAUAAAAGACUCUGCGAUGGUCCUUUAUGAAGGCCCUCUGUAGGGAGCCCUGAAGACUCCCUUGGGGACCCUGGGAGAAAUGAAAAAGUAAUCUUCUGCUUGUUUCAUGAUUUGAUGAAAAGAAAGAGAAAAGCCUGCAGCAUAUUGGGUACCUUAUACUUAAAUUAGCAGCUUCUCUGGAAUUCCCGUUUCUCCUUUAAAAGAAAGAACAUCAUUUUAGAACAGUGGUUCUCAAAGUGUGUUCCCUGGACCAGCAGCGUCAGCAUCACCUAGGAAGAUCUUAGAAAUUCAGAUCCUUAGGGCCCUACCCAGCUGUACUGAAUCUGAAACUCUGGGGGUUGGACCCAGCAGUCUGUGUUUUAAUCAGCUUUCCAGGUGAUUCUGAUGCAUGCUAACAAUUAACUAUUGCUUUAGAAUAAAUUCUCUGAAAAGGCCUUAUUCAGAAUAAGGAAGAAAGGUUCUGAAUCAAUCCCAAAGCUUCAGCGAUUCAAUUUUGCUUCCAGGGCUGGCAAAAACCUUCUCCCACCCUACACACCUAGACUUUAGCUGGUGGGUGCCCAGCUGAGUCCUGACAUCUUCCAGCGCCCUUUGCAGAGGGCUGUGAGAUGUUUCAUAUGCCUGCAUUUGGUCAGAAACCAUCUCCUUAGAUGCCCUUUGGAACAAAAUUGCUCACCUUGGGAUAGUAAAAUACUCGUUUGGCAUUAGUAAGGAGCCCAUCCUAUCCCUUGAUGUACUUAAUCAUACUUCCCUCCAGAGAACCCGCCCGACAAAUGUCCCUGAGCACAGGCUGACACCAAAGUGGCACAACUGCACAGUUCUCGGAUAUCUUUGCACAGAUGGGUUUUAUUGUGGGUUUUGUUGGUGUGUCUUAAUGUUCAUCUCUUUUCCACUGCCCAUCCUAUGUGAAGCCAUACCUCUCUAGACGGAGCAGGUGGCCACUGGUGCCUCAUACUCAGUACUGAAAACCACGACAUCCCAGCUACCUACAUUGCUGUCAGCUCAAAAUCAUAGCCAGGUGGUUCUGGAACUCAGACCCUGCACGUGGCACUCAGCCACUGACUGGACUGAGCUGACAUGUUCUCUCUUUAUGUUUCUACACCAAAACGUUCGUCUAAGGUUUGAACUGUCCUGCUGAUAACCUUCCCCCCUUGUCAUAGCUUUCAUUGCCAACCAACUCCAUCCCAUGGUUGUUGAUGCCAUCGUACAAAGCCAUUGCAAGGACUCUGGAAACUGCCACCAAUGACCAAUUUCUGACUAACCAACCACCUUUUCUUUCUCUUAGCUCCACGUCAGCACUGAGACCAGACUCAAGCACCCCUGUCCUGUAACCGAGACAAAAUGGCGUGUGUUGUUUUGGGUUUUUGUGUUUUUUGGUGGAUUUCUUUCCUUGGCUCUCCAAAUUUACUUUUGGGGCCUGUUCUAAGUGCAAACCCAGCAGGUUUCACCUGUCCUGUCCAUUAGAUACAACUAUAUCUUACGGGGGUUGUUUCUUUCUUGUUCCACAAUGAAUUGCACAUCCAUCUCCUUCAGAGCUGAUGGCCUAUUAAUGAGCACUGGUCUAACACAGCCAACCCUCCCCCACAGCACUGUGUUAAUGGAGGAAGGGAGGAAGGUCAAAUCUACUGCAUGGGAUUCAGGAAUCAGUUGUGGUUGGUCAGGACGGAAGUUGGGGUAAGUUUGGUUGGUCAGAGGGAGAAGUGCUGGAGAUUGUGAAAAAUGGAUUCUUGAAUGAUCUCCUAUAAGGCAGGGAAGGUUCAUUUGUAAGUAGUAACGUGAACUGAAUUGCAUUAAGAGUAUGUGGCCUUUGUUGUGAUAUACUAUGUAUUUUCUUAUAUGCAUGAGCCAAACUGUUGCAUCAUAAUUUAGCACUGAUGUCUGCUUUUAUUUUGAUCAUCUUUGUCCACCCUUAUUAGUUCUUGGCUGUUAACUGUAGAUAGAUCUUGUAAAUUCAGCAACCUUUGGUUGCAGCAUUGACCUUGGUUUGAUUCCAUGCAAGGAGCCACCAACAAAAAUUCCAGUGUCCUCAGAAGAAAGGGCGUUUUUACUUUUGAACCAAAAAGAGAAACAAAAAAUCAGAAGCAUUACACCUUGAAACUAAUUAGCUAUAAGACAUUUUUAAUUAUGACUACUGCAAUUUGACACCAUUUGAAAUAACCAAUUCAGAGACACUAAAGAUUUCAUGAUAUUCAUUGGUAUUGUAACAAAACUACUAUUGUAUGAGUUUUUUUGUAUUGCUGUUAAGUAUUGUUUUGUGUGUGUGUGUGCGUGUGUGUGUGUGUGUGUUGGAACCUCCUGGGGACAUGUUAUAUUUUGAAGUGAUUAAACUAUUUAAUUGUGUGUCUAUAUUUUGGAAUGGAAUUAUUUCUUCAUUAAAAAAAUGUUUUUAAAAACACUA